AAAAAAACGGCCAGCGCCACGUCCACAAACAACAACCAACAACCAAACCAAACCAAAAGCCAACCAUGCCCGCUGACCUUCCCAUUGACAAGUCCCUCGACGAGAUUGUCGAGUUGGAUAAGAAGGCCACAGCAAAGCAACGCCAGCAAGCUGCCAAGGCCAAGAAACAAAAGGAACAACAACAGCAGCAGAAGAAGAAGCAAAAGCAGCAGGCCACACAGAAGAACAAGAAGAAUGCAGCGGCAGCGAAGAAGAAGCAGCCAAAGCAGCAGCAACAGCAGGCACAACAGCCAGCUGGAAAGGGAAAGAAGAAGCAAGCAGUACAGCAACGCCAGAGCCCGAAGAAGGCUUCACAACAGAAACAGGCCGUGAAGGCGCAACAGAAGCGGCAGCAACAGGCCACCCAACCUCGCAAGUCUCGUCGUCAAGCAAACGCCGCUGCCAAGCGUAACAUUGUUGACGCAACAACUUCAAAGCCAAAGGCUUCCAAGGCAUCGAAGAAGCAAGGAGCCAACCGCAAGCAGCAGACGGCGGCCAAGGCAGCCAACAUCUCCAUCAAGAUUGCCAACCCACGUGCAAGACGGAACACGAGGAAGCAGCAGGCGGCCGCUGCUCCAAAGACGAAGAAGAUGACAAUGGCGCAAGCAAGACAAGCGGUGCGCACCAUCAUGAGCAACGCGUGACACGAACACCCAACACGUUCUUAUCACCAUACUUCCUUGUCCUCCCUGCUCUCGCUGUCCAUAUGACUGACUGCACCUGCUUGCAGUUGUCACACACACACACACACACACACACACACACCACACUUUGUGCCCACACCUUCCAUUGUUACUCUGCUCGUUACAAACAUGGCUGGCACAUGCUGGCAUUCGUCGUAUUUCAAUAGAAACAACGCGUGAGACGCGACCAAAGGCAA